AUGGGAAAUAAAAUUACUAGUUACUUAAAAAAAAUUUUUUUAAUAGAACGGCUCGAACGUCAUCAACAAAUUACUGGAGGUAUUAUGUCUGUGGAUAGUUUGCCAAAAACACCUUUUGGAAAGAUUGCUAGAGGAAAAGUUCGUGGAAUGUUUCUAAAAGACUGA